GGGGGGAGGACGGAUCGCUGAUCGCUGAGCGCCGCAGACUCUCUGUGUACCGGAAACGUCGCGCUGCUGUGACGUCAGGUGCCCGGAGGCAUGGAUGAGGCAACAUGAAUAAAGGCUGGUUAGAGCUGGAGAGCGACCCAGGGCUCUUCACUCUGCUGGUGGAAGAUUUUGGUGUUAAGGGGGUGCAGGUAGAAGAGAUCUAUGACCUGCAGAGCAAAUGCCCGGGGCCAGUGUACGGCUUCAUAUUCCUGUUCAAAUGGAUCGAAGAACGGCGGUCGCGCAGGAAAGUCUCCACCCUACUGGAUGACACGUCCGUCAUUGAGGAGGAAGUGGUCAACAACAUGUUCUUUGCGCACCAGCUGAUCCCUAAUUCCUGCGCCACUCACGCCCUCCUCAGCGUCUUACUCAACUGCAGUGGGGUCCACCUGGGGCCGACGCUGAGCCGCAUCAAGGAUUUCACCAAGGGGUUCAGCCCAGAGAGUAAAGGUUAUGCCAUCGGGAACGCUCCAGAACUGGCAAAGGCUCACAACAGCCAUGCAAGGCCGGAGCCGCGUCACCUACCUGAGAAGCAGAACGGGAUCAGCGCUGUGCGCACCAUGGAGGCGUUUCACUUUGUCAGUUACGUUCCUAUUAAAGGACGGCUGUUUGAGCUGGACGGGCUGAAGGUCUACCCCAUCGAUCAUGGUCCUUGGGCGGAAGACGAGGAGUGGACGGACAAGGCGCGUCGGGUUAUCAUGGAGAGGAUCGGACUGGCCACGGCAGGGGAACCCUAUCAUGACAUCCGCUUUAACCUGAUGGCGGUGGUGCCAGACCGAAGGCUGAAAUACGAGAGCAAACUACACAUCUUAAAGAUUAACAGACAGACAGUGCUGGAGGCCUUACAGCAGCUGAUCCGUGUGACCCAGCCGGAGCUGAUCCAGCCGCAGACCACCGAGGACACAAAGUCUCAUCCCGCAAAGCCUGCAGCCGCCCAGGAAUCCCCCAGCACAGUUACUACCCAGAAUAACACUACAGAUGUGAAGACAGAAGUGUCAGGAUCUGCCCAGCGAGGCUCUGUCGCCAAUACUUACAGCAAGCUCAGCGUCCUUCCUCACAACGGCGGCACUGCUCCGGUGCCGCGGCUGCCCGCUUUCCUGGACAACCACAACUAUGCCAAGUCCCCAAUGCAGGAGGAAGAGGACUUGGCUGCAGGUGUCGGGAGACCUCGAGGAAUCCCACCACCCUCUCCAGACUCGGAUGAAGAGGAAGACGAGGAGACAGAGAGUACCACAAGACCACCACCAGCUCUUCCAAGAUUCAAGAGGAGGAGCUCUCAGUCCCUACCACCGGCCACUGGACCUGAGCUGCCGGCUAACGUCUUGGUGGAGAAGUUGAAGGAAACUCAGAGAGAACUGUGUUCCCCACUAUCUAUAAAGACCGCCGCUCCUGUAGCCCCCCUGUCCCAGCCGUCUCCGACCCCCAGCAAUGAGAGCACAGACACCGCCUCGGAAAUCGGCAGCGCUUUCAAUUCCCCACUGCGCUCCCCUCUGAGAUCGGCCAACCCCACGCGGCCCUCCAGCCCCGUCACAUCCCACCUGUCCAAAGUCUUGUUUGGAGAGGAAGAGAAUCUGCUGCGGUUAGACUGUGUCCGGUACAACCGUGCGGUUCGCGAGCUGGGCCCGCUGGUCGGCACUGGGAUUCUACACCUGAGCAGGGACGGCCACCUUUGCACGCUCAGCCGAAUGGGUAGGACGUAUGGAAAGAUGCAUACUGGCAAAGUUUCCCCUAAAAUCAGCAAAAUGGAAGAAGGGAGAGAGAACGUAGAGACGGAUGGAUCGCGCUGUAGAGUUCCAGAUGCUCCGCCUGGAGAAAGAUUUUCCCCCAAGGAGCUCCUGGCUUUGCUGAAAUGCGUAGAAGCUGAAAUUGCCACCUCUGAGGCCUGUCUGAGGGAGGAGCUGGAGAAGCGCAAGAAAUUCAAGAUCGAUGACCAAAGGAGAACUCAUAACUACGACGAGUUUAUCUGCGCGUUCAUCUCUAUGCUGGCUCAGGAAGGGAUGCUGGCCAGCCUGGUGGAGCAGAACAUUUCCGUCAGAAGGCGGCAAGGGGUCAGCAUCGGCCGGUUACACAAACAGAGGAAGCCAGACCGGCGCAAACGGUCUCGUCCGUACAAGGCCAAGCGACAGUAAUCCCAGCAUACAUAUGUCUACAGAAUCGUAUAUGGGAUCUAUAGAUAAUAGAGGAGGCACCCACUGUAGCUCUUUACUCACAACCAUGUAUAUGAUGUACAUAAACUGUUUUUAUAUUCCCUUAUGUAUACCUGUCACAUAGGUUAUAUAUAUAUAUAUGUAAUACUUUACAUGCUCUGUUCAUUCCCGCAUCAUGUGACCCGCUCUCUCCUAGAUUUAGUAACGUUAUUCAGUGUCGGAGGCCUCUCUAAGCCGCUGUCAGUUUCCUAGAUCUGUAUCACAGUAACCGGUGUCGCACUGCGGGCAGGUCCUCGCUAUUGACCGUACGUGAUACAUUGGCUGGUUCCACGGUCAGAUAAACCCUCUGGAGGUGACAGUACAGUUUUUUUUUUGUGGCAUAAUAAACUUGGAAGAAUAAUGAUCCUGACUGUAGCAGCGUGAAAUAAAAAUCAAAACCUGUAACUUCUGACCAAAAGUGGCGUGUUUGGACUGAAAUCCAUUGAGCGCCUUAUACAGAGAUAGACGCAGACCCAGCCGCCAACGAGGCUCUAACCCAAAGGGUAGAAUGCGCUCUAACAGUUUCCGCAACAGUUUACAUUGCUGUCACAUGACUACCAAACGGUCAUCGAUUUUGAGAAACUAUAGUAAUAUUGACAUCGGAUCGGAAUAAAGAUGAUCUGAUUUAA